GCGUAAGACAUUCCGCGGGGUUCUUAUACCGGCGCGACGAUGAAGACGGACACGGAGAUAUGCGGGCAAUAGCACUUUACAGUUCAUAUUUUUGUUCUACGUUGUUGUGUUUUUUUAUUUUAUCACAACAACCUUUUAUGUUAGGAGGGAGUGAGGCCCUUUUCUAAUUGCAGGGACUUUCUCGGAACUUUGCUAGACAGAUAGGUUAGCUGACUGGCUAAUGUGCUAGCUCUUUAGCUCAGUUAACAGUAGAAUCCGCCGAGUCUGCCCUACUAACGUUAGCUGCUGUUUAUCGGUGAAAUCAUGCCGCCGAUAGAGAAAGACGCCGGUCGGGGUCAAAUUAAAGCCCAAAUACAAGAGCUUAUCGACACCAACUCCGUCGUGGUUUUCAGUAAAAGCUACUGUCCCUUCUGUAAGAAGGUAAAGGAUCUCUUUCAGGAGUUGAAGGUGAAAUGCAACGUCAUAGAACUAGAUUUGAUGGAAAAUGGGUCCAACUACCAGGAUCUGCUGAUGGAGAUGACUGGACAGAAAACCGUCCCCAAUGUCUUUAUCAACAAGACCCACGUUGGAGGCUGCGACAAGACCAUGCAGGCGCAUAAAGAUGGCCUCCUCCAGCAGCUGCUGGGAGGGGAGAGUGAGGUGUAUGAUUAUGACCUGAUUGUCAUAGGAGGUGGAUCUGGGGGCCUAGCCUGCUCAAAGGCAGCAGCUAAUUUGGGCAAGAAAGUCAUGGUCCUGGAUUAUGUUGUCCCCACACCAAAGGGCACUUCUUGGGGUCUGGGUGGCACGUGUGUGAACGUAGGCUGUAUCCCGAAGAAGCUCAUGCAUCAGACUGCUCUGCUGGGCACAGCCAUGGAGGAUGCUCGCAAGUUUGGCUGGGAGUUCAGUGAGCAAGUAACUCAUAACUGGGAGACAAUGAAGACAGCAGUGAAUAACUAUAUUGGUUCUUUGAACUGGGGCUACAGAGUGUCUCUGCGCGACAAGAAUGUCAACUACGUCAAUGCCUAUGCAGAGUUUGUGGAGCCUCACAAAAUCAAGGCCACAAACAAACGUGGCAAGGAGACAUUCUACACAGCAGCCAAGUUUGUGCUGGCAACGGGAGAGCGGCCACGGUAUCUUGGCAUCCCUGGAGAUAAAGAAUAUUGCAUCACCAGUGAUGACUUGUUCUAUUUAUCCUACUGUCCUGGUAAGACCCUAGUGGUCGGGGCAUCCUACGUUGCUCUUGAAUGUGGGGGGUUCCUUGCUGGUCUGGGGCUGGAUGUGACCGUAAUGGUACGCUCCAUUCUGCUGAGAGGCUUUGACCAAGACAUGGCCAACCGUGCAGGGGACUAUAUGGAGACACACGGAGUCAAAUUCCUCAAGAAGUUUGUUCCUGUUAAGGUGGAGGAGCUUGAGGCGGGUACUCCAGGCAGAUUGAAAGUGACCGCGAAGUCUACAGAAACUGAUGAGGUCUUUGAAGGAGAAUACAACACUGUGCUGAUAGCUGUGGGUCGUGAUGCCUGCACGGGAAAUAUCGGUCUGGAUAAGGCUGGAGUGAAGGUCAAUCCCAAGAAUGGGAAGAUCCCAGUAAACGAUGAGGAGCAGACCAACAUUCCACAUAUCUAUGCCAUUGGGGACAUACUGGAGGGCAAGUGGGAGCUGACACCUGUGGCCAUUCAGGCUGGGAAGCUGCUAGCUCACAGGCUAUUUGCAGGCUCCACUCUGAAGUGUGACUAUGUAAAUGUUCCGACUACUGUGUUCACACCACUGGAGUAUGGCAGCUGUGGUCUCCCUGAAGAAAGGGCUGUAGAGCUCUAUGGACAGGAAAACUUGGAGGUUUUUCACAGCCUGUUUUGGCCUCUGGAGUACACAGUGCCCAAUAGGGACAACAACAGAUGCUAUGCCAAGAUUAUUUGCAACAAGUUAGACAAUGACCGUGUGAUUGGGUUCCAUUACCUGGGCCCGAAUGCUGGAGAGGUCACUCAGGGCUUUGGUACUGCCAUGAAGUGUGGAGUAACCAAGGAGCAGCUGGAUAAUACCAUUGGCAUACAUCCCACCUGCGCUGAGAUCUUCACCACGAUGGAGGUGACCAAACGGUCAGGUGGUGACAUUAAUCAGGCUGGCUGCUGAGGUUAAACCCUGCUCGUUUAACAGACUGUCCUAAGACCAUAUACACUGGUUAACACUAGUUUAUGUUGGCCAUACUGGUCUCAACCAUUCUUUGACCAGUCCUUCAGUGCACUCUCACUCUCUCUUCCUCUGUAUUGGACACACUAUUUAUAUAUUAAAAAAAAAAAAACUUUCUCUAGGUCUUUAGCCAGUAGACCCUCCUGUUCACUUCAGUUCAAGGCUCACCUGUGUCUUCAAUGAAACUAAAUUAACUACAGAGCAAACCUGACAAAUUGAUAAGAGCUGAAGUUCAAACAAUUAGAAUUACUGCAUAGUCCAUUUUAUAUGAAGUAGCCUGGGUCAGGUCUUUUCUGUAACUUUCCUGUGUUAAACUGCUAAAUGCCACUUCCUGUUUUGGAGCAAGUGGUUUUAGUGGCUGAGUGUAGGAGAUGCAUCAGAAUAUGACUCUCUAUGACCAGGCUUGGCCUUGCUGUAUAGGAGAGUAGGAGACGCUGAAUACUCGAGGAACAGUCUGUUAAACAGCGGGGUUACUCUGCUGCUCCAAAUCCUCCGAAUCUGAGUCAGAAAUGCACUAAGAGUGGAUGUUUCUCUCGCACACAUACACUUACACAAGCAUUCUUACUCUUAGUGCUAUGUGAUGUUUUAGCCCUUAACCUACAUGCUGAGGUGGGCUGAGACUGAUGUUUUCUGCUUGGACUGCUUGGAGGUAAACACUUUAUCGUCCACACACACUCUAGUCCAGCAUACUCAACCGCAGGCUCACAACCAGGGCCUUACAAGAGGCCAGCAUUUUCCCAGGAAUAUUGUAGUAUGAGUCAAGUGAUGAUUUUCUAUCAAAGAUACUUAAUAGUCCAGGACUGGCCUCCUUUGUGUACAGAUGAACCACCCUUUCACUUUUUGGAGUUAAACGCUAUGUAUGCUGUAAUACAAUCUGAGCUACAAUAUUAUUAGGAGAUCAGGUCAGACACUUUUUCUUUCUUUUUUUUUUUUUAACUUUACAUUCUAAAGUAAUAAAUGAUGGUAUAUAUUUCUCUGGGUUUCCAUUACCUUUACUUUUGUAGCUCGUUUCUCAUUUCCAGCCUUGAAUUGCUUUCAGAAUGAGUUGGCUCGUUCUUUUCCUGUUUGUCAGUUGAAUAUCUGAUAGGAAGCCAUUUGACUGAACAGCCAGUCUGUGUACAAUAACACUUCAUAACUCCUCUUUCUACCAAAGUUCAAACCAAAAGUUGCAUGUAGAUAUGAGCUUGUAAAAAUGUCAAUUAAUGUCCCCAAAAUAUAAACAGUAUAUACAUAUAAAUGACAAAUAUUCAUGUAUUUUAAGCUGCCCAGUUUGUGAAGCCUUUCAGUGCACUUAUUUCCAAAUUUGUCGUAACAUGAAUGUUACUAUUUAAAAUGGUCAUAAAUGAAUACCUGUGUUUGUUUGAUGCCUGGAAAAUGUACAAACCAGGGUUUCUAUGGUAUCAUUGAUUUCUGAGUAAUUAAACAAACUUUAAUAAAACUGUAUACACAACCUUA